AUGUACGCGCGUCUGGGACCCCAAACAUCCUACAAAAACAGGCCUCAUGCCACCCUCUCACUGGGUGCACACUCCGAGCCCUCGAGCUCACCUACUUUACAGGGACAUGCCGCUCGCCUCCCAGUGGCGCGGGGUGGUAAAGAUCCCUCGCACACAGCCCCUCCGGGCUCUAUCAGCAGGCGUCUGGACGACAUGCUCUCCAUGCCUUUCAGCUCUCGUAUCAUUAAAUAUGAACCCCCGCGAGGGUUCAUCGUCCCGAAAUUCUCCACAUAUGAUGGAUCCAGCGAUCCCUUUGAUCACAUAAUGCAUUAUCGGCAGCUCAUGACCCUUAACAUGGGGAAUGAUAUGUUGUUGUGCAAAGUUUUCCCAGCCAGUCUGCAAGGCCAGGCUUUUUCAUGGUUUCACCGACUGCCCGUGAACUCGAUUGACAAUUUCCGGGAUUUGUCCAAAGUCUUCGUGGGGCAAUACUUAUACUUAGCCAGACAUAAGCAAAAUAUCAGCACCUUGCAGAACCUCAAAAUGCAAGAAAACGAAACUUUGAGAGAGUUCGUGAAGCGCUUCGGACAAGCUGUCCUACAAGUCGAAUCGUACAGCAUGGACGCAAUCCUCCAAAUUUUUAAGCGGAACAUAUGCCCAGGGACCCUCUUAUUCGAGUCCCUCGCCAAAAAACCUCCUACAACCAUGGAUGAAUUAUUCCGGCGUGCGAGUAAAUACUCCAUGCUAGAGGAUGACAUCCGUGCCACUGCACAGCAGGUCUUAGUAACUGGCCAGGCCACUAAAAGUGAAGCCACCAGAAGCUUCAAAGCACCCAACCAUUCUGGGUCAUCCAGCAGGGGGCAAGAUGAGCGGCGCCCGCUACUUAUUCGAACACCUCUCACCAAGUCGUACGAAAAACUGCUUCCUAUAAUCCGCAAUCUGCCUGGAUUUAGAUGGCCAGUACCAAUAAGAUCGAACCCCUCAGAAAGGGACCGCAACAAAAGAUGUGAUUACCAUAAAGAUCAUGGGCACACGACUGAAGCGUGCAUAAGCCUCCGUUACAUGGUGGAGGAUCUCCUAAAGGCAGGACACUUGAAGCAGUACGUCUGA